CGGGCGGGACGUCGGGGGGAGCCGGCGCCGGAACUCGAGCGGCGCGGUGCUCGUUGCUUGGCCGGCUCGGGCGCAGAGACCCGGCGCCGGGAAGGUGUGGGCGCCGGGAAGGUGUGGGCGCCGGGAAGGUGUGGGCGCCGGGGUCUGUGGGUCACAGAGCGGGAGCAGCGAGGCGGCCGCUCUGCGGGGACGGGGUUCGGCCGCCGCUCCCCCGUCCUGGCCUCGCCUCUGCCCAGGCCGCGGCGCGGGGCGGCGCAGGCGGGGCCGCGGCGGAGGCCGAGGUGUCGCAGCUGCCGGGCCGGGAGUCGGGCUGGCUCCGCACCGGCGGGCUGCUAAAGCAAAGGGACAACGACCGGGCUAAGGAGAAGAUCAACUACAGAAACUACAGUGAGAGAGCUCUGAAUUCUAGUUUUGUUGUUAAAUUAACUUUCAAUCCAAUAAUUCCUUACUAGACGUGAACUCUUCAAGUUACCAGUAUGGCUCUGGCUGUGGUGCUGCGGGAUGGUGCUUCCUCCCGCGGUGGAUGCUGCAGGCACAAAGGUUUGCUCUCCUUACUCGGACCUCUCCUCAGCAAUUCAAAAUUGUACAGCAGCUACAGGAGGCCAGGGACAGAGCCUGAUAAAAAACCCUCUUGGCAGAAUGCUGAUUUGAGCUUUAAGAAGAGCGUUGAUCGCCUAAAGACUCAGCUAAGCUUGCUGAAGAAGGAAACCCAAGAUUACUUAAAAGGACAUGGAGGCCAUCAAUUAAGUCAGCACUUGUUGGAACAAACAAGGGUGUUGUGGCAGUUUAGGAGCCAAGAAGAUUUAGAUAAAUGGGUUAUUUCCUCUGAUAUGGAGAUUGGAGGGAAGAGUAAAGUUUACAUCAAAUUGGGUAGGAAUAACCAGGCUGCUCUGCUGUAUGGAACCCUCAAUACAGAAGUACCUCGGGAUGGGGAGACAAAAUACAGUGGAUAUUGCAGUAUGAGAUCCAGACCAGCAGUGGGAUCUUUUAACAGGAAGAAGUAUUAUGACUGGUCGAACUUCAACAGUCUGUAUUUACGUGUCCGUGGUGAUGGCAGACCUUGGAUGGUCAACAUUUAUACAGACCCUUACUUCUCUCAUCAGAAGGAUGACCUCUACAGCUACUUCAUGUUCACCCGAGGAGGCCCCUACUGGGAGGAGAUACAGAUUCCAUUCUCCAAAUUCUUUUUCUCCAGUAGAGGAAGAGUCCAGGAUAACCAGCAUCCUGUCUGGUUAGACAAGGUGAGAACCCUUGGAUUCACCAUUGGAGAUAAAGUAGAUGGUCCAUUCCAGCUGGAGAUCGAUUUUAUUGGUCUGCUAAAUGACAGAGCUCACAGAGAGGAGUUUGCCUAUGAAAUAUAUGACAAGAAUACUCCAGUAUAAGUUGGAUUAGUGUCCUUUGGAAAAUUCUUCAGAUAUUUGGUUUAUUUUUAUAAAAUACUUCAUGUGUGGUUUUUAACAACUUGAAGAGCCUAUGCAAACAUUAAAGAGAUAAAUGCAUGAAGUGUGACACCACUGGCAUCUAUAAACUCCCAAAUACAGAAUCCUGAGAGACUGUACAUAGAUGGACUGCAGUGUAGCCUGAGAGCAGCUGUGAUGUUCUUACAAAGUAGUAACUCUUCCUUGGGUAAGUUUGGGCUUCUGUCCUGACUUUUACUGAAAUAAAAGUAUUUAAUAUGUUUGUUGUUC